UCUCUCCCUUUCAUAUGGACUGUGUGCUAAAGUGCUGGUUCAGUCAGUGGAAAAACAAUGGAGAAGCAAAGUUGCUGGAGACCAUGGCCAAAAUGGAGGUGAAAACGUCACUUCUGGACAACAUGAUUGGAGUUGGAGACAUGGUUCUCUUGGAACCUCUCAGCGAGGAGACCUUCAUCAACAACCUCAAGAAGCGUUUCGACCACAAUGAGAUCUAUACAUACAUCGGAAGUGUGGUUAUAUCAGUUAACCCCUACCGGUCUCUGCCAAUUUAUUCUCCAGAGAAAGUGGAAGAUUACAGGAAUAGAAAUUUUUAUGAGCUGAGUCCUCACAUCUUUGCCCUGUCAGACGAGGCAUACAGAUCCCUCCGAGAUCAAGACAAAGACCAGUGCAUUCUCAUUACUGGGGAAAGCGGAGCAGGAAAAACAGAGGCGAGCAAGCUGGUUAUGUCCUACGUGGCAGCUGUUUGUGGAAAAGGAGCAGAAGUUAACCAAGUCAAAGAGCAGCUUCUGCAGUCCAACCCGGUCCUGGAAGCUUUUGGAAAUGCCAAAACUGUAAGGAAUGACAACUCUUCUAGAUUUGGAAAAUACAUGGAUAUUGAGUUUGACUUUAAAGGUGAUCCACUCGGAGGUGUGAUAAGUAACUAUCUUUUAGAGAAAUCACGGGUGGUUAAACAGCCAAGAGGAGAAAGAAACUUCCACGUGUUCUAUCAGCUGCUGUCCGGUGCCUCCGAAGAGCUCCUCCACAAACUUAAGCUGGAGCGCGAUUUCAGCAGAUACAACUACCUGAGUCUGGACUCGGCCAAAGUUAAUGGGGUCGACGAUGCGGCCAAUUUCAGAACUGUUAGGAACGCCAUGCAGAUUGUGGGCUUCAUGGACCACGAAGCCGAGUCCGUCUUGGAGGUGGUGGCCGCCGUGUUGAAACUGGGGAACAUCGAGUUCAAGCCCGAGUCACGUGUGAACGGUUUAGACGAAAGCAAAAUCAAAGAUAAAAAUGAGUUGAAAGAAAUUUGCGAGUUGACCGGCAUCGAUCAGUCCGUUCUGGAACGAGCGUUCAGUUUCCGAACAGUGGAAGCCAAGCAGGAGAAAGUUUCGACAACACUGAAUGUAGCUCAGGCUUACUAUGCCCGUGAUGCGCUGGCUAAAAACCUCUACAGCAGGUUGUUCUCGUGGCUGGUGAAUCGAAUCAAUGAAAGCAUUAAGGCACAAACAAAAGUAAGAAAGAAGGUCAUGGGCGUUUUGGACAUUUAUGGAUUUGAAAUUUUUGAGGACAACAGCUUCGAGCAGUUCAUUAUCAAUUAUUGUAACGAAAAGCUGCAACAGAUCUUCAUUGAGCUUACUCUGAAAGAAGAGCAGGAAGAGUACAUACGGGAGGGCAUCGAAUGGACUCACAUCGACUACUUCAAUAAUGCUAUCAUUUGUGACCUAAUAGAAAAUAACACAAAUGGAAUCCUGGCCAUGCUGGAUGAAGAGUGCCUAAGGCCCGGCACAGUCACUGACGAGACCUUCUUAGAAAAGCUGAACCAAGUGUGCGCUACCCACCAGCACUUCGAGAGCAGGAUGAGCAAGUGCUCACGGUUCCUCAACGACACGUCCCUGCCCCACAGCUGCUUCCGGAUCCAGCACUACGCGGGCAAGGUGCUGUACCAGGUGGAAGGAUUUGUUGACAAGAACAAUGACCUUCUCUACCGAGACCUGUCCCAAGCCAUGUGGAAGGCCAGCCACGCCCUCAUCAAGUCUUUGUUCCCUGAAGGGAAUCCUGCCAAGAUCAACCUGAAAAGACCCCCGACAGCAGGGUCACAGUUCAAGGCUUCUGUGGCCACCCUGAUGAAAAACCUACAGACCAAGAACCCGAACUAUAUCAGAUGUAUCAAGCCGAAUGAUAAAAAGGCAGCGCACAUCUUCACCGAGGGCCUGGUGUGUCAUCAGAUCCGGUACCUGGGUCUCCUGGAGAAUGUGCGGGUGAGGCGGGCAGGCUAUGCAUUCCGGCAGGCCUAUGAACCUUGCCUAGAAAGAUACAAGAUGCUUUGCAAGCAAACGUGGCCUCAUUGGAAGGGACCAGCAAGAUCUGGUGUGGAGGUUUUGUUUAAUGAAGUACAAAUUCCCAUGGAAGAAUAUUCCUUUGGCAGAUCAAAGAUAUUUAUCCGAAACCCAAGAACGUUAUUCACCUUAGAAGACCUGAGGAAGCAGCGACUGGAGGACCUGGCCACACUCAUUCAGAAGAUUUACCGGGGGUGGAAGUGCCGCACGCACUUCCUGCUCAUGAAGAAAAGCCAAAUUGUGAUUGCCGCCUGGUACCGGAGAUACUCGCAACAGAAGAGGUACCAGCAGAUCAAAGCCUCUGCCUUGGUGGUUCAGUCUUACAUCCGGGGCUGGAAGGCUCGAAAAAUCCUGCGGGAACUGAAGCAUCAGAAACGCUGCGAGGAGGCCGCCACGACCAUCGCCGCGUACUGGCAUGGAACCCAGGCGCGAAGGGAACUGAGACGGCUGAAGGAGGAGGCUAGGAAUAAACAUGCUAUUGCAGUAAUUUGGGCUUACUGGCUUGGAUCAAAGGCUCGAAGGGAGUUGAAACACUUGAAGGAGGAGGCUAGGCGUAAGCAUGCAGUGGCUGUCAUUUGGGCUUACUGGCUUGGACUGAAGGUGCGUAGGGAGUACAGGAAAUUCUUCAGAGCUAACGCCGGAAAGAAAAUCUAUGAGUUUACCCUGCAGAGAAUUGUGCAAAAAUACUUCCUGGAGAUGAAAAGUAAGAUGCCUUCCUUAUCGCCAGUAGACAAGAAUUGGCCUUCAAGACCUUACCUAUUCUUAGAUUCCACUCACAAGGAGCUGAAGAGGAUUUUCCACUUGUGGAGGUGUAAAAAAUACAGGGACCAGUUCACAGACCAGCGGAAACUUAUUUACGAAGAAAAACUAGAAGCCAGUGAACUCUUCAAAGACAAGAAGGCUUUAUACCCGUCCAGUGUUGGGCAGCCAUUCCAAGGAGCUUACCUGGAAAUCAACAAGGACCCUAAGUAUAAGAAACUCAAAGAUGCCAUUGAAGAAAAGAUCAUCAUUGCUGAAGUUGUGAACAAAAUUAAUCGUGCGAAUGGGAAGAGUACAUCCCGGAUUUUUCUCUUAACAAAUAAUAACCUCCUCCUUGCUGACCAAAAGUCUGGACAGAUCAAGUCAGAGGUGCCGCUGGUAGACGUGACCAAGGUGUCUAUGAGCUCACAGAAUGACGGCUUCUUUGCUGUCCACCUCAAGGAGGGCUCCGAAGCAGCUAGCAAAGGAGACUUUCUCUUCAGCAGUGACCACCUGAUUGAAAUGGCCACCAAGCUAUAUCGCACAACUCUCAGCCAAACCAAACAGAAGCUCAAUAUUGAGAUUUCCGACGAGUUUCUGGUGCAAUUCCGACAAGACAAAGUGUGUGUGAAGUUUAUUCAGGGCAACCAGAAAAACGGGAGUGUCCCAACCUGCAAACGAAAAAACAACCGUCUCCUGGAAGUUGCAGUCCCUUAGCGGGGUCCUCCUCCGCCCUCACGGACUGGUUCUCUGUGCUAGUGCAAUUGGGUUUGGUUUUGUGUGGGGUUCAUUGUAUGUUUGGUUAUUGCCAAAAGCUAACUGUUAGGGUCUCUUGGCAAAAUAAAAGUAUUUGACUAAUCAGUUUUUACUCUUGGAAUAGUUUAACCCUUACAUACACAGUCUGUCCCGGGGCAGGAUUGUAGAAACUAACAGUGUCUGUUUCGAUGUCAUAUGUGUCUCCUCUUUAGUUACCAUGUUAGGUCUGUGUACCCUAAAUCAGCAUAUUACUCAUAAAUCAUUAAUACAUGUAAGUGUAGGAAGCGGCCUUGGAAGGUAGUGCAUUCAUUUAUCAAGUAUUUAUUGAAUGCCUUGUAAGCGGGCGCUAUGCUAAAUGGUAUGGAAGCUCACUAGGAGCUUUGGCACCGCCAGGGCCAUCGUAGUCUGGCUGGUUUGACUUAGCAACAGCUAAAAGGUUUGAAAAGCUUGAGACCAACACAAUAACUGCAGAAGAUGGACCGCAUUCAUAGGGACCCUGUAGCCUGAUCGUCGCCCAUAGAUGAUGUAAGGAGGGCCGGUCCGAGGAAGGAAGGAAUGGGACCAUACGACUGGACAAAAAUCCUUCUACAUUUUUUCUAUUGAAAAGAAGAAAACUGACAUUUGAACUGGAUUUUUUAUCUGUUCAGAAUCUCCUACAAUUACUUUUAACAAUAGAAAACAAGUCCUUCUUCUAGAAAAGGUGCCAGGAAUCGUCCAGUGAGACGAUGAGGUUGCUGGUUCUGCUCAGCCUCCUAUGGGGUCCUCCAUAAACUAUCUUGGUGUGGUUUCCACCCGGAUAUGAGUAGCUAUUUUCUACAGCUAGCACAGUGGAGAAAGGCCCCAAGCCUUUCGGAGUGGCAGGUAUUCUGGAUGAGGUGCAAUAAGACAUCACGAGAUCUUUUUUGAAAAUUUUAUUUAUAAUACACAUUUUUGUAUGGGAGAGGUUGCUAGGACAGGGCGCAUAUUUUAAUAGAGGAUCAAAAUUUAUGUUAAUUUGUAGGGCUAUUUUUCCUUCCAGUUUAAAGAUUCAUUUUGGAAACUACAUUCUAAACUUUGGAAUCAAAUUGUUUCUUCUUCGGGAGGAUAAUGUAUAUAUACAUUGGUGUUAAAUAAUAAAAUUGUUCUAAUUUGGUGCCAUUUGCUGGAUCACAACUGUAUUUUUGUAUUUCAAGCUAUUUUCCUAGGUUGUGUGUCAAAGUACUGUCUCACAGAACACUCUUACAUGCAAACAUUAUAUGUUCUCCAUGUUAAUUGAAUGUUACCAAUCUUUUAUAAACCAGAAACAGUCACUGAAAAUAUUUUCCAAGAAUUUCCUUUUGAUUUUUUGUACUUUAAAAAAAUUGUUCACAUAAAAAAAUUCUUACAAGUCUUUGUGUUUAUUGGUGCAGGUAAAGAACUUAAUUCUUUUCAUUCUUCUCUUCUCUGUGCCUAAAGUGGUAGGUUGAGAGGUCUGCUAGAGGUGUUUCUGUUUUAAAUGUAUUUAAAAACUAGGGACUGUGUAGGUACAUUGUUCACAUACUAGUAAAUGUGGAAAAGUGCGCAAUAAAAUUCUCCGCCUUGUCAGUA